UCAAAUAUCUCUUCACCUACUAUCAAAUUCACCAUCUCUCUCUCUCUCUCGCUCUCUAUCUCUCCCCACUCUUUUCUCUCCCUAUAUUGCUAAACAAUAAACCCUACUUAUUCUGAAAAUGGAAGCCACGAUCUUCGGGAAAAGAAGAAGCUCAUCAUCAAGCAUAUCGAUGCACAAACAGUCAUACUCGAUAACCAAAUCGAAGCCAAAGAUCCGAAUAAUUCACAUAUUUGCUCCUGAGAUCAUCAAGACCGACGUUGCUAACUUCCGUGAGCUCGUUCAAAGCCUUACCGGCAAACCAGAGGACGUUCAGAAAGCUUCCAAAGCAAAACCUAUAAGAGAUCUUCAUCGUCUUCACCGUCAAGUACAAGACAUGAUCAGCACAGAGAAACUAAGAGAACCUGAGCAGCAUUGUGAUGAUCAAGGCUUCUGCUUAAACUCAGAAGAGAUCUCCAUGACUUGGAACGGUAACAAUGUCGCUGGUGAGAGCUCCGGAGGUUUCUUGAAUGGUUUGGGAGAUUUCGAAGGGUUUAUUCAAGAACUUGGUGAAUUUCCGUAUUUGCCCUUGUCUUCAAUGGAUGCUUCUGCUUCUUCUAAUUCCUCUUCUUCCUCUCAUUUACAUGGUGGAUCAGUUUUCUCAGAUUCUCACCACCAAUUCGUGUAACUCUGUCUCUCGAAUGAUGUAUUUUUUUUUUUCUUUUUAAAUGGUACGUCUUAUAUUUUGUUUAUUAGGUUUUUGUGGAAAUGAAUUUAAUUUAUUACAUUUUCGUUUAGUUUUGUUUUGAGGAAAAGCUUGGACUCCUUUCAUGCUUCCCUUAAAGGUCUCUUAUGAUUUGUUCAUUGUGAUAAACAUGUGAUCCCAAUGUCUGUUUUAAAUUUGUAUGUUUACUGACAAAGAAAAUUAUGUAUCAUACUGGAAGGAUGAUGAUAUGUAAAAUU